GUCCUUUCCAGACUAGGUCGUCGGAAAGCUUUCUGGUUCCGGCUUCCCUUUCCCGUUCACUUCGCCCGGCUUCCCUGAUCUUUUUCCCCCUUCUUUCCUUCCCUUCAGUCCGGCUUUUUUGUUUUGUUUUGUUUUGACUACUGCUGCCCCGGGUUCUGGGCCAUAUUCCGGGCCGGACGCACUGAGCUGCGCGGCCCCGGGGGCCCGGUCUAUGAGCCGCCGUCCUGCUCCCCCUCGCUUCCGCCGCCCCAUGUGGCUGCGGGGCCGCGGCGGCGCUGCCCACUAUGGCCCGGAAAGCAGUUAGCAGGAAGCGGAAAGCGCCUGCCUCACCCGGAGCUGGGAGCGACGCGCAGGGUCCGCAGUUUGGCUGGGACCACUCGCUUCACAAAAGGAAGAGACUCCCCCCAGUGAAGAGAUCCUUAGUCUGCUAUCUGAAGAACCGAGAAGUCAGGCUGCAGAACGAAACCAGCUACUCUCGGGUGUUGUAUGGGUAUGCGGCACAGCAGCUGCCUGGUCUGCUGAAGGAGAAAGAGUUUCACCUUGGGACCCUGAAUAAAGUGUUUGCAUCGCAAUGGUUGAAUCACAGGCAAGUGGUAUGCGGCACAAAAUGCAACACGUUAUUUGUCGUGGAUGUCCAGACAAGCCAGAUCACCAAGAUACCCAUUCUGAAAGACCGGGAGCCUGGAGUCAUGACCCAGCAGAGCUGUGGUAUCCAUGCCAUCGAGCUGAAUCCCUCUAGAACAUUGUUAGCCACUGGAGGAGACAACCCCAACAGUCUUGCCAUCUAUCGCCUGCCUACACUGGAUCCUGUGUGUGUGGGGGAUGACGGACACAAGGAUUGGAUCUUUUCCAUCGCAUGGAUCAGUGAUACUAUGGCGGUGUCUGGCUCACGCGAUGGUUCUAUGGGACUCUGGGAGGUGACAGAUGAAGUAUUGACCAAAAGUGAUGCAAGGCACAAUAUGUCACAGGUCCCUGUGUAUUCCCAUAUCACUCACAAGGCCUUAAAGGACAUCCCCAAGGAAGACACAAACCCUGACAACUGCAAGGUCCGGGCUCUGGCCUUCAACGAUAAGAACAAGGAACUGGGAGCAGUGUCUCUGGAUGGCUACUUUCAUCUCUGGAAGGCUGAAAAUACGCUUUCUAAGCUCCUCUCCACCAAACUGCCGUAUUGCCGAGAGAAUGUAUGUCUAGCCUAUGGGAGUGAAUGGUCAGUGUAUGCAGUGGGCUCCCAAGCCCAUGUCUCCUUCUUGGAUCCACGUCAGCCAUCAUACAAUGUCAAGUCUGUGUGUUCCAGGGAGCGAGGCAGUGGGAUCCGGUCAGUGAGUUUCUAUGAGCACAUCAUCACCGUGGGCACAGGGCAGGGCUCCCUGUUAUUCUAUGACAUCCGAGCCCAGAGAUUCCUGGAAGAGAGGCUCUCGGCUUGUUAUGGCUCCAAGCCCAGACUGGCAGGGGAGAAUCUGAAACUAACUACUGGCAGAGGCUGGCUGAAUCACGAUGAGACCUGGAGGAAUUACUUUUCGGACAUUGACUUCUUCCCCAACGCCGUGUACACCCACUGCUACGACUCGUCCGGCACGAAACUUUUUGUGGCAGGGGGGCCCCUCCCCUCAGGGCUCCAUGGAAACUAUGCUGGGCUCUGGAGCUAAUGAUUAAUGACAACUAACUCUCCCAAAAUGCAGAGAUUUACACUAACUUCCCUCCUCGGUUUCCUUGUUUCUUUUGAUUUACUUCCCAGUAGUGUGAGACUCUCAUAUUUCAGUGAGAACACCAGGGUUUGUCCAUAGUUUAGGCGCUUGAUAGGAAGACUGUACACAAAUCUGAAGGGCUUUUCUUUUCUUUUUUUUUUAUUUUCCUCCUUUGGUAAUCAGAAUUGUAUUGUUUGUUUUUCUUUCUUUCUGGCUUCUCAACCAAACAUUGCUGAUCCCUGGUUGGUUGUUUUCUUUAAGUGACACACACUCUCCCCUCUAGCAGCUUCUUUAGGCUAAGAUGACAUGUCAUUCUCACCCUUACUUCACUCUUGAGAGGUGGGGCUUCUUUAUAAUUACGUGAUUGCUAUCAGACUUUCUGUGAAAGUUUGAGAGCUGUGUGUGUGAGUGUGAGAGAGUGAGUGUGUGUGCCUGUAGGUGCAGUGUGUCACUGAAGUUACCUGGAGUGAGGAUUCCUUGUAAUUAAAAUAUUUAUAAAAGAAACAACUUUAUUCACCAA